AUGGUUCUCAGAGUUCAAGAAUCGGGCCUGGACAACCAAGUAAACCAGGUCAGCCUGACCGACCUUAAGGCCCAGGUCGUGGUCAGCGAGCUGGAUACUCCCUCCUCCAAGCCCCCUGUCGACGACAACUACAUGUAUGACUUCAAGUACAACCACCCUCUUCCCACCUCAGACGUUCUGGGAAUUGAGAUCCCCUCCGACUGCGACGCUCAGAAGGAGGCGGAGACGAUUGUCGCCCGCCUUUCCGAGAGCAUGGGAGCUGGCGAUGCGCAAGCAUUCACCGAUCUCUUCCUCUCAUAUGGUAGGUCUUACUCUGACCUUUUCCCCACCACGAAAGCCACCAACUUCAAGUUCCUCAGUCCCGCUCCCGCGGUUUCGCGCCCGUACCCCGAUUUUGCCCAGCUGCAGUUUGUUGUGUCAUUUGAGACUGAAGUUGUGAAUGCUUCAGCGGUGAUCAAUGCCGUUCUCACCAAGGAGGGGUGGAAGAUCUACACCAUGCACACUGUAGCCGAGAAAUUGAAGCAGUUCCCAGAAGUGCCCCCGGCCGACGGGCAUAUGACCGGCCCUAUCAGCUGGGAGAAGCAGCGGGCCGCAGAAGUGGAGGCUGCCAAUCCGGAGGUUCUGAUUAUUGGUGGAGGACAGAAUGGUCUCGCGCUGGCCGCCCGAUGCAAGGCACUGGGCAUGGACAGCCUGAUCAUCGAGCGCGGCGACGAAAUCGGAGACGUCUGGAAGAAGCGCUACGAGUACCUCUCGCUGCACUUCCCUCACUGGGCCGACGACCUGCCCUACUUCCCCUACCCCAAGCUCUGGCCCACGUACACUCCCGCCCAGAAGCAAGGCAUGUACAUGCAGUGGUACGCCGAGGCGCUGGAGCUGAACGUCUGGACCAAGUCGGAGGUGGUCAAGGCCGAGCAAGACGAACAGAACCGGUGGACGGUCACAAUCAACAAGGGAGGCCGGGAGACUCGCGAACUGCACCCCAAGCAGGUCAUCAUGGCUACCUCGCUGUGCGGCGUGCCCAUGACCCCCCCGGUCCCCGGUAUGGCUGACUUCAAGGGCGUCAUCCGCCACUCAACCGCGCACGACAGCGCACGGGACUUUGUCGGGAAGAAGGUCUGUGUGGUAGGCACCUCCUCCUCCGGCUUCGACACGGCCUUCGACUGCUCGCGCCGUGGCAUCGACGUCACUCUCCUGCAGCGGUCCCCCACCUAUAUCAUGUCCCUCACCCACUCCGUGCCCCGCGCGAUCGGCAACUACGGCCCCGAUGCCGAGGGCAACCGCCCCAACCAGGAGGAACAGGACCGCUUCUUCUUCGCGACGCCGACGGGCCCCGGAGAGGAGCUGGCACGCCGCAACGCCAAGGUGCUGGAGGACCUCGACCGCCCGCUGCUGGAUGCGCUGCACGCUCGGGGGCUGCGCACUUGGCGCGGCCAGCGCGGCACCGGCGGCUCCACGCUGGGCCAGACCCGCAACGGAGGCUUCUACUUCGACGCGGGUGCGUGCGAGCACAUCAUCAACGGCAAGAUCAAGGUAGAGCCGGGCUACAUCGAGCGCUUCACGGAGGACAAGGUGAUACUCAACGACGGCCGCGAGCGCGAGUUCGACCUGGUGGUCUUCGCCACCGGCUUCUCCAACACCAUCGACUCCGUGCGGGCCACGCUGGGCGACAAGAUCGCCAGCCAGUGCGGACCCAUCUGGGGCAUCGACGAGGAGGGCGAGUUCAAGACCGCGUACCGGGAGACCGGGGUGCCCAACCUCUGGCUCAUGGUCGGCUACCUGCCCUACACCCGCUUCCAUUCGAAGCUCAUGGCGAUGCGCAUCAAGGCGCUGAUGGAGGGGGUCUCCCCCGCGCCGUACAAGGCUUAG